UGUAGUUGCAGUUGGACUUAGGAGAGAGGUGGGACACGCUCAGAGAUGACACUUGGAUGGAGAUUGUGGAGCUGCAAAUAACCCUCUGAGAAGGAUGGCAGAGGGAGAGGGGGGAGAUGAAGAGAUACAGUUCCUACGGACGGAAGACCAAGUUGUGCUCCAGUGCACCGCGACUGUUCUGAAGGAGCAGAUCAAACUAUGUCUUUCCUGUGAAGGCUUCGGGAACCGUCUGUGCUUUCUAGAGACAACGUCAAAUGCCCAGAAUGUGCCACCUGAUCUGGCAAUCUGUGCCUUUGUACUGGAGCAGUCGCUCUCAGUACGAGCCCUGCAGGAGAUGCUGGCCAACACCAUGGAGAUGAACGAGUCAUCUCAGGGAGGGGGACACCGAACGCUGCUCUAUGGCCAUGCCAUCCUCCUGAGACACUACCACUCUGACAUGUAUCUCAGCUGCCUGACGACAUCACGUUCACUAACAGACAAGCUGGCCUUUGAUGUGGGCCUGCAAGAGGAUUCUACAGGAGAAGCAUGUUGGUGGACCAUCCAUCCUGCAUCCAAACAGAGGUCAGAGGGUGAGAAGGUCAGGGUAGGAGACGACCUGAUCCUGGUUAGCGUGUCGUCAGAGAGAUACCUACAUCUGUCGUACGCCAGCGGGGACCUGAUGGUAGAUGCCUCCUUUAUGCAGACCUUAUGGAACAUGAAUCCUGUCUGUUCAGGCUGUGAGCUGGCAGAGGGGUACUUAACUGGAGGUCAUGUCUUAAGACUGUUUCAUGGUCACAUGGAUGAGUGUCUGGCCAUCUCUGCAGUUAGGUACAGUCGAAUCCACAUCAUGUGUAACAUGAAAGAUUAA